AUGGCCUCCUGGAGGAUAGAUGGCAAAAUCGGUGUGAAAGUGGUGGUGACAGAUUUGGACAGCACGCUGUGGAUCCCUGGGAAGUUCGUGCCACUGGCAAACAAGAAAUGUCUAGCUGCUUUGAAGGAGCGAAAUAUUCCAGUGGUAUUUGCCACUGGAAGGUCCCUGGAAGCGGUUAUCAGAGGGUGUCGCCGGUACGGAAUCGAUCCGCUGACCUCUUGCUAUCCGGGUAUUUUUGCGGACGGAGCUGUAGUCUUAGGACGCAAUGAAAAAGAAGUGUUGAAGUACGAGAGAAUGUCACAGGAGCAUCUCGAACGGGUGUUACAAGUAGCCGUUUCGUUGGACCCAGAGUGUAUUGUCGUCCAGUGCUACUUGGAAGGACAGCUCAUCUACAAUGCAGACCCGUUGCACUACUUGGAUUCCAUUGGCGGUACUUUGGAGCACCUUGACGAAGACGUGAUAAACAAAGUCAGGAUCCGCGGAUUGUAUCCGUCCAUGGACAAUCCUACUACGGACACACAGAUGGCAAGUUCAGAUGUACAGGACACGGUGCUAGAUGCAGUCCGGCCGCCAUCAGAUGUAGAGGACGCGGAAGAGGACAAUCCGAAGGGGGACGCGAAAGGGGACACGUCUCCCGAUGGUUUGACGACCACUGAAGGCGACUUCGGAGUCAGGGUUGACGACCUGGGGUUACACAGAGUGAGUGCGGGCGCGGACUUGGAGACGGCAGCGGCAGAGGAGGUUGUGUUCGCAGAGACAUCCGACCGUCCCGGGAGUUUGCGCACGGGUUCGGGUAAGACGUUUACGAAGCAAUAUUUGCUGACAGAGUGCUUUAGUGUGAUGCUUCAAUCCAAGGCCUUACUAGACGCGUCGGACGAAGUGGAAAGGCAACUGGGUCGGAUCGGAUUGGUCACAUUGUUUCCGGAAUGGGACACCAUCCACAUCAAGCCUAAAGGCUGCGACAAGAUGGAGGCAAUCAAGCUGCUAGCCGCGCACCUAGGCUGGGACGUUUCUCGCGACGUCGUGGCACUAGGCGACGGCCACAACGACAUCACCAUGCUUGAAGGCGUUCCGCACUCAAUCGCCAUGUGUUCUGGAGAGGAAGAUGCCGUACGUGCCGGCAAGCUGGUGACCCCAAUCUCGGCGGAACAGGGAGGCUGGGGCAACAUACUACAAGAAUUAAUGCUCUGA